AUGUUUGUUGAAGUAUCUGUGGAAGCGCAGCAGCAGAACCCACCGCAGCAGAACCCACCGCAGCAGAACCCACCGCAGCAGAAGAGAGAAGCCGCUGGAGCAGAGCGUUUCCAAAACACCCCGCCCUCCCGCUCCCGGUGCUCAGACGCUUCCCCCUCUGACCCUCACAGCACGGCCCCUCCACUAACUGUGGGGAGCGUGCUGGGGCAGGAGCAGCCGGACCGUCCAGUGAUGGAUGGGACCAGGAUUAGAUGGACACUUAAGACUCACCUGCGAGCUGCACUCACAACAAAGGUCACACCCUGGAUCGGCAGAGUGGGGCUUCAGGGGCCUGUACCUGGGGGGUGGGAGGUGGGUGGCCCUUGGGUGCUGCAGCAGGUGUGA